UAUCUUCUUUCCACCACCAGGUCGCUGUCAUUCUGCAGACAAAGAUGGCGGUGCGGAAGAAAGACGGCGGCCCGAACGUAAAAUAUUUCGAAACGUCUGAUACCGUCUCGCAAUUCGACAAUGUCCGCGUUUGGUUGGGCAAGAAUUAUAAAAAGUACAUCCAGGCGGAGCCCCCCACCAACAAGUCUCUGUCCAGCCUGGUGGUCCAGCUACUGCAGUUUCAGGAGGAGGUGUUCGGACGACAUGUCAGCAACCCACCUCUCACCAGGCUGCCGAUGAAGAGUUUCCUGGACUUUAAGUCUGGCGGGGCUCUCUGUCACAUUCUGGCAGCAGCCUACAAGUUCAAGAGUGAUCAGGGCUGGCGCAGGUUUGACUUUCAGAAUCCUUCUCGGAUGGACCGCAAUGUGGAGAUGUUCAUGACUAUUGAGAAAUCCCUGGUACAGAACAACUGUCUGAGUCGACCAGUGAUCUACCUGAGCUCUGACAUUGAGGCCAAGCUGCUGGGAAAACUGAAGGACAUAAUCAAGAGGCACCAGCAGGGCUCAGUGACUGAAGACAAGACAUGCAGCUCCCAUGUGGUGGUCCCCAUCCCUGCCAGUCUGGAGGAGGAGGAGUGGGUGCGUCCGGUGAUGAAGAGAGACAAGCAGGUGCUGCUCCACUGGGGAUACUCUCCUGACAGCUAUGACACCUGGAUCUCAGCCAGUGAGGUGGAGGCAGCUGUGGAAGAUCCGCCCAGCCCAGAGAAACCCAGGAAGGUCCAUGCCAAGUGGAUCCUGGACCUGGACCAGUUUAAUGAGUGGAUGAAUGAGGAGGACUAUGAGGUGGGAGAGGGGGGCCCCAAGAGGAAGAGGAUCUCAGCCAAGACCCUGACGGACGAGGUGACCACCCCGGGGGACGAGCGCCGGGACAAGAAGCCCGGCAGCGCCAAGAAGAGGAAGCGCUCCCCCUCCCCCUCGCCCACUCCACCAUCCCAGGAGAGCAAGAAGAAGAACACCAAGAAAGGGCCCACCACCCCGAACACUAAGUCUAAGCGAGGCCAGAGAGAGGAGGAGCCGGAGGAUCUGACUAAAGAUCUGGAUGAACCAUCACCUGUACCUGCAGUGGAGGAGGUCACCCUACCUAAGACAGCCAACACUAAGAAAGACUCUGAGUUGACACCAGUGAAAGGAGGUACCAUGACAGACCUGGAUGAGCAAGAGGAUGAAUCCAUGGAAACUGCAGAAAAGGAGGAGGAGGAGGGCUCUCCGAGUGUGAAAGGAGAGCCGGUGAAAGGGUCGGACCUUCACGAGGACAACGUGACUGAGCAGACUCACCACAUCAUCAUUCCCAGCUACGCUGCCUGGUUCGACUACAACAGUGUCCAUGCUAUUGAGCGCAGAGCCCUCCCAGAGUUUUUCAAUGGCAAGAACAAAUCCAAAACCCCUGAGAUUUACCUAGCCUACAGGAACUUCAUGAUUGACACUUACAGGCUGAACCCGCAGGAGUACCUCACCUCCACUGCCUGUCGUAGGAACCUGGCCGGAGACGUGUGUGCCAUCAUGAGGGUGCAUGCAUUCCUGGAGCAGUGGGGUCUGAUCAACUACCAGGUGGACUCAGAGAGCCGGCCCACCCCCAUGGGCCCCCCGCCCACCUCCCACUUCCACGUCCUGGCUGACACCCCUUCCAGCCUGGUGCCCCUGCAGCCCAAGGCAUCCCAGACUCCGGCAGCCCAGCAGAUUCUGUCAUUCCCAGACAAGGUGAAGGAGAAGCAGCCAGCCGACCUGCAGAACUUUGGCCUGAGGACAGACAUGUACAGCAAGAAGACUGGGCCUCCUAAGAGUAAGACUGCUGCCAGCGCCAUGCGAGACUGGACCGAGCAGGAGACACUACUGCUGCUAGAGGGUCUGGAGAUGUACAAGGAUGACUGGAACAAGGUGUCAGAGCACGUGGGCUCACGUACCCAGGACGAGUGUAUCCUGCACUUCCUGCGUCUGCCCAUUGAGGACCCAUACCUGGAGGACACGUCCUCGUCCCUGGGCCCCCUGGCCUACCAGCCCGUCCCCUUCAGCCAGGCAGGCAACCCCGUCAUGAGCACCGUGGCCUUCCUGGCCUCCGUGGUGGACCCCCGCGUGGCCUCCGCAGCCGCCAAGUCUGCCCUGGAGGAGUUUUCCCGUAUGAAGGAGGAGGUCCCAGCAGCACUGGUGGAGGCCCAUGUGAGGAGGGUGGAGGAGGCAGCGCGGGCCAGUGGCAGACAGGACCCCCUCUACGGCCUGGAGGGCAGCGGCAUCGCAGGCACCAGCCUGGAGGAAGGAGACAAACCUGAAGAGAGCAGUGAGGAGAGUAAGAGUGACAGCCAAUCCAGUGAGGAGAAGAGGGAGACCAAGGAGAAUAAAGAUAGAGCCAUGGAAGAGGAUGAGAAGCAAGGAGAAAAUGGGAAGAAGGAGGAGGAGAGAGGGAGAGAGGGAGAAGGAGAGAGAGACCGAGAGGCUGAGAAGACAGAGACAGAGAUGGGUGAGAGAGAGAAGGAGAAGGAAGGGAAGGAGGCCUUGGAGGAGGGCCAGAGAGAAGGAGAGAGCGAGGGCGAAAGGAAGGCGAAGGUGGAGCGGGAUGUGGGAGAGGGGAACCUGGCUACCGCUGCUGCCUCCGCCCUGGCUGCUGCUGCCGUCAAAGCCAAGCACCUGGCUGCGGUGGAGGAGAGGAAGAUCAAGUCUCUGGUGGCUCUGCUGGUGGAGACUCAGAUGAAGAAGCUGGAGAUCAAACUGAGACACUUUGAAGAGCUGGAGACUAUCAUGGACCGAGAGAGGGAGGCUUUGGAGUACCAGAGGCAGCAGCUGCUGGCAGACCGUCAGUCGUUCCACAUGGAGCAGUUGAAGUAUGCAGAGAUGAGGGCGCGUCAGCAGCACUUCCAACAGAUCCAGCACCAGCAGCAUAGCCAGACUGGAGGCCCACACCCCGCCCUGGCCCCCACGGGCCCCCCACCCCAGGGCCCCUCAGCCACCCAGUCCCAGCCGGCCCCCAGUAUCCCUGCACCACAGCCAGCUCCCAGCCCAGCACCCUCUGCCUCCUCCGUCCCCAUGACUGGCCCCUCCUCUGCCCAGGCCCAGCCCACUGAGCCCCAGCCGCCACCCAGUGGUCCUCACACCUCACCUCCCCGCCCGCCAUGCCACUCCAGCACCAACACCACCCCAACACUCCACGAGUCCAGCGCCCCUGGGGAUACACUCCACUCCUCAACCCCUGCUCCCACUCCACAGUGAAAAGAGAGAACGAAAGAGAGAGAGGUAGGGAGAGGAGGGAAAAGAGAGAGGGAAGAAGAGAGAGAGGGACAGGAAAAAGGUCUUGGCAAACUGAAUGACAUUGACCACUUUGUACCUAUGAAUUUUGCCUGUAUCAUCUGAAAAUGAAGAAGUCAAACUGAAGGAGAUACAACAAACUUUGAUCAUGUUUAACAUUUGGACUGGACGAUUGACAUGAGAAAGAAAAACAAAAGAAAAACAUUCCCUACCGGAAUUAAUAUUAGGUGGAAACAAACCCCUCAAAAUUACUCCCAACUAAAAAGAAAACGCCAAUGAAGAGUUUUCAAACGAACAGUCCCCUCGUCAUUUUUACAGACAUAAGCUGCUUAAUUACUUUCACCCUUCACAUCAGACCCAAGGUUAAACCAAGAGAGUAUUGUCAUGUAAAUACGCCACCUGACCUGAGAAUAUGAAGAGAGCUAAAGGACUCUUGUCUUAGCAGUCCUCUGAAGAGUGGUGCUUUUGUUUUCUUCUAUAGUGUACUGAGGGUCAGAUGUUCCCAGACGUACCUACCUACCUAUUCUCCCAAGGUACCCUAGAAGGUACUUAGAAUUUAAAGAAGAUUAAAAAAAAAAGAUUUGCACUUUGAAAAUAUGUUUCUCUGGCGGCCAUAUCUGAAGACAAAUCACAUAUAACUAAGGGCUCUAUUCAAUCAGAUCUGCUUUAGACAACAUCCGCAAAGCUGUGGCUGUGUCAGAGGUGGAACUGCGUUAGAGCUGUCAAAUACCACAAGUGGCUCCUAGCAUUAUACCUAAAGCGUACAUUGCCAUUGGCUGCAUGAAGUAGCAUUAAGGGCUCCAUUCAAUCCGCAUCGCUGAAGAUCAGCUUUCCACCAUGAUUGAAAUUUAAAGGUAGUGUUCCCGCAUUAGCGGAGACUGUGUUCACGGUAAACGCUGCAUAUGUCGGCUCAAUCGGAAAAUACCAUUACAUUUCUAUCCUGGAAUCUGUAACACUUUAGCUUUACAGAUUGAAUAGAGCCCUACGAGAAUACCAUGCAGUCUUGUUUACAAGUUUGAAUACUGGAAUGUGUGAUGUAAUCUACAACUCGAUUAGACUGAUAGAAAACUUCAUUAUUUAGUUGAAUGAUUUUCAUUUUGAGCGUCAUUAUUUCUAUAUAGCCUACAUUUUCUCGUUCUGAACUUCUAAUGUGAGACGGAUAUGGCUACCUGACAAUGAUCAAGAGCAGCUGCUCACCGAUUUGACAGUUCCACCUCCAACACUGCCAAAACAUCAGCUAUGUGGUUGUUGGCUAUCGCCGGUUAACGCUUGAUCUGAUUGAAUCUAGGCCUAAAUUGACCUGAAGCACAUAACUGUUUUCUUCUUUUUAACUUUUACUAGGAUGUCAUAGUUUCCAAAUAUGAGAUCAUCAAUUGAACAAGUCACUGUAUUACAUUGGAUUGUUUGCUUGUUGUCCUAUGUUAGUGAAUGUGGCGUUAUAGAGCUUGGGGUUGGCCUGUUGGUUAGAUGUAUCCUAAACUAAAAAGUAUGUGUGAGGGCAAUGAAAACGAAUGGUAUUACUCUUUGUAAUAAUAUGUAUUCCACUUGAAAACUGUCUCAUCUUGCCCUACUGCCAUUUCAGUUAGUAACACUAUGUACUGUUAACUGGAUUUUCUGUUACAAUGUUGACAAAUGAUUCACUCCAAUUUGAAGGGACAAAAUCCCUAUAUGACUGAGCUUUAGAUGAAGGGCAACAUACUCCCAGAGUCACAGUGCCCCCGAGGACCCACAAGGACCAGGUCACAAUGUCCUAAAAGUCCUCAUUUUAAAGAGACAGUGCAGUCAAAAACUUUAUUUUCCCUGUGUUUUAUAUAUGUUUCCAAACUAUGAGGUUGGAAUAAUACUGUAAAAUUGUGAAAAUUAUGAUAAUGCCCUUUAGGGUAAGAGCUGUUUGAAAAUUUCAGCUUGUUUUGCAAGGGUGGGGUUUUGGACUACAUGGUAACAUCACCAGGCGGUUUAAGUUAAUAGACCAAUAACAAAGAGUUUGCCCUCCUCUCUGCCAACAAUAGCUAGUUUUCAGGUUACAUGUCCCUCCCAUUAGGCUCCUCCAAUUAGUCCUCUCACUCAGACGACUCCGACAGUCCUAGCAACAUUUUUGCUUGAGAAAUUGCUUUUAGCUAAGAAGCUAUUUUUGUUUGUUUUCAAUUAAAAUGGUCUAAAAUAAUCAGGUACUUUAUUGUUAUCCAGAAAUGAUUUGAUAUUGAGAUAAAAGCAUCUUCAUUGGCCCUUCAACUCUAUUUUGUUUUUGAACAUUCAUAUCUGAAACACUUAUGAAACAGUUGGGCUUUCAUAGAGCAGAUCGUAAUCAUAAGACAAGCAGUAACUAUACAGAGAUGAAUUGUAUUCAUGGAGGGUCAUAUUUGGUUUCUGUCAGUAUGUCCAGUAUGUCUGGUCAGUAUCAGUGAAUCAUACCAUUGUAAAGAUUAUACUCUACAGUAAUGACUGGAUGUAGGCUCCAGAAGAAACCUGUUAACUUCAGAUAUAAGACUUCACCGUCACAGCUCUUCCUUCAUUCAUAAACCAACAUCCUUUUUUAUCAUGUUUGCCAAUUUCUCCAUAUAAUUCAGUGAGGUGAAGCCAGAGUUGUGGAUGUUUGGGAAAUCCAGAUUUUUAUAGUUUGUGUUUUUCCAAUGACAGGUCCAACUCACAUGAAGUGAUUACUAUGUAAUGGAAGUGGCUUUAAUGUUACAAAGGAACUGUGCAAGUCAAUGGAUCUCAGAAGUCAGUUCAGUUUAGAGAGAAUUCUGUCCAUUAAUAUUUGUAACAAUAUCUUCAUGUAUCCUAUCUAUUUUUAUAUUUUUUGACUGUCAGGUUUUCCAUCUUGUUUCUUUGAUAUUACUGUUUGCAUUUAAUUGCUGUAUUUUUGUAACCUCCCUCAUUGUCAUGUGCGUGGUCCUAAUAGGUCACAAUGACCUGUCAGUCAGUGUGGCUGUGAGCAUGGGUGUGAAUGCAUGCCAUGAAGAUCUGUUUUCCCUAAGAGUUCCUUCAGGUCCAUCCCCCCCCCAUUGUUUUGAUAUGUUAUAAGGGCUGAGGAAUUGUGAUGCUCAGUUUGGUAUGUCUGUAUGAGAACAAUCACACACCAGCACAUCACACACAUUCUGAAAGUGUCAUAUAUACUCUGAUGAAACUUGUCCAGAUAGCCAGUGUUAACACUUCACUAGUCGUGACCAUGGAUGGACUGCUUUGUUCUCCAUUGUUACAUUGUGUGGAUCUCGUGAUAUGAAACACAUCUGUUCAGUUUGUUUUUCAUUGCAUCGAUUACAGUAGAAAUGAACCUUUCCCCAGUCAAAUCGUUAGCCAAUUAGUGGCAGUUGCUCUGCAGUUCGUAUACAAAAAGAUGCUAAGGUUUUACUUACAAAAAAUGUAAUAAAUGUGAUGUGUACGGUU